CAUGAUUAUAAAAUCCUUCAGUGAGGCACAUUUGCUUCCUGUAUGUUUUUAUUUUUUUAUUUAUUUUCUGUUAUGUUUCCUCCUGUCAGAAGGGUCUCUCAUGAGCAGAGGUAGGAGGGAUCGCAGAGAAGGGACGCGAGAUAAACGCCCGUGCCCGUGUCUACUGCAUGCACCCAUGCAUGCGUGCUGCAGACUAAAUAAGACACCUCCAGGCUUGGAUUAUCUGUGUGCCGGUGCGCUGACUGCCUUCAGACCUGGAGGCCGCCCUCCUCCUCCUCCUCUUUCUCCUCCCUUUCACACUGAAGGAAGAGUAGAGUAGAGACGGUAUACUGUUUGCCUCCUGCAGACUCCAGCCACUCCUGACUUCUGGUCCAGCGACAUGAACAAGAUGAAGAACUUCAAGAGGCGUUUCUCACUUUCCGUGCCACGAACAGAGACGAUAGAGGAGAACGAGUUCACCGAACAGAUCAACCAGCUUAACAUUUGCUGCAAUGACGGUGUGGUGCCCAAUAGUCUGGGUCUACACAGCCUGCAACCCAGUCCAGUGGCUCCAGAGAGCCAGGCUCAAUCUCCCACACAACUGCAGUACCGCAACAAAGCCCAGCACCGCCGAUUCUCCAUGGAGGAUGUAACCAAGAGGAUGUCUCUGCCCAUGGAUAUUCGUCUCCCACCGGAGUUUCUGAAGAAGUUACAGAUGGAAAGCACUCCACCAUGCAAACCUCUCAGUCGCAUGUCCAGAAGAGCCUCACUGGUUAGUAACCAAACUAAACUCACACAGAAAUAG